CUAAGGUAUGGAGAUAAGAUUGGAGCUGUUGAAGUUUGUUUGGUUGAAGACCUCAAGUAUACCACACAUUCUGGUUCUGGAGAGAGCUGUUGUGACAUCACACUUAGAUUCAUAGAUACUUCUUCUCGUGUAGUCGGCCAAAAGUUUCAACUGAUGCUGCCUGAGCUGGAUGACUUCCCGGAUUUUAUUGUUGAAAGAACACGGUACGAAGCAGCUAUGGAGAGAAGCUGGACAAGUAGGGAUAAAUGCCUGGUGUGGUGGAGAGAUGAGAGUGAUCAAGGUGGUGCUUGGUGGGAGGGCCGCAUUACUGCCAUCAAAGACAAAUCUAGUGGUUUCCCCGGAAGUCCAUGGGAAAGAUAUCUUGUCAAAUACAAGAAUGACAAUACUGAUUUCCGUCGUCACUCUCCUUGGGAACUGCAUGAUCCGGACAUGUCAUGGGAGCAACCCAACAUUGAUGAUGAAAGGAAAGAGGAGAUCCUAAGUUCUUUAACUGAAUUGAUGCAGAAAGCCAGUAAAGAUAAGGAUAGGCACGGUAUCAUAAAACUGAAUGAAGUCGCACAGAAACUGGAUUUCAUGAACAGGUUUCCUGUUCCAUUAUCUCCGGACAUAAUCAAGUCAAGGGUAGAAAACAAUUAUUAUAGAAGCCUGAAGGCUAUGAACCAUGACAUUGAGGUAAUGCUAUCAAAUGCCGAAUCUUACUUUCAGAAAAAUACAGAGCUUUUGCGAAAGAUGAAGCGCCUGUCAAGCUGGUUCACUCAGAACAUUUUAGACUUGUAGUGGUCUGCAUGCCUUCUUCUUAGCUUUUCUUCUUGGGAGCCCACAGAUCCAGUUUUGUCUCGUCGAUCUUUCGGCCCCGGCUUAAAUACAAAAUAUCCAAAUGAUAAUGUGCUGUGUUGUAAAACUCUGAGUACUCAAUUAUGAUAAGAUCCUAAUUAGUCUGAAGCAGUUGAAGGUAGAGGAAAUGAGGCUAGUCUCAAGACAUCUUAAAUUUGUUGUCUAUAGGAAUGCAAGAACCUUGAUAUUCAAAGUUGUAACACCGUGCUUAUUACGCUCACUCAAUAUAAAACCGGUUCCUCCUACGCCCA